AUGGUGAACUUUAGCUACCAAAUCAGCAAGUUGUUGCCAUUCCUCUACAGCCCGUGGUCAUUGCGGCUCAAAAUCAGCAACAACAGCCUCAAAACCAGCCUCAAAACCAGGAACUUGACAUUGCUCCAAACCAAGUUCAACAGUUGGCUCCAGUCCGUCAAUCAAACCGGAGAGGAACGCUGCUUAGAAAACCUAGAAAACCGAGUUCAUGCUCUUUGGGUUUAUGUCUUCAACCUCCUUCCUUGCACGACACAUAUCACCCAAAGAGCAUCAUUUACGCUUCAAAAAACGUGGCCCAAAACAUCCGCACAACCAUCAAGUUCGUCCUCAACCUGGCAGCUCUGUCUUGUAGUUCUUGGAGGCUAG